UGAAGAGGCAAAAUUCAGAAAAGUCUACAAUGGUGAUACGCCGACUUCGGCUGGACUGUUCCGACGACGACGAAGACGAUACCGUAUUGGCGCCGCCGCCGCCGCCGCCUCAUCUUGAAACGGAAGCUGAUUUAGCUCCUCAACAUCAGACUGCAACUGAUUUACCUCGGAGCGGUGCUGCUGAGCCUCUUGAAAUUUCUGACGACGAUUUCAUUGACGUCUCCGAUAGUCCCUUGCCAACUUCUCCUCCGCGGAAUCAGCAUCCCGGGCCCCAGGAGAUUCCUCCAUCUUCCCGUUCAAAUUCCAGUGAGGAUCCUGGCUGUCCCAUUAGCGAUUCUCUUCGACGCCUCGGGUUGAGCUUGAGGAGAGAAUGGCUGGAUGCUUGUAUUCGUGAACUGGAGAGCUCCGUUCGGGGCUUUCCUGGCUUUGAUGUUACUGCGAAGGCGAAGUUGUGUUUUGAACAAUUCCUAUUUUCUGAUAUGAACUACUGUGGGAGCGGCGUUCUCCCUGCAAAUGUGGAUUCCAUGCAUCUUGUUGAUCUCCCUGGUCCGUAUGUGUUACAGGUUGAUGAAAUAAUUAAUAUUAGCUGUCCGCUUCGUGGCAGAUAUCAACAAGCAACCCCUGGACAUAAAAGGUGCUUGAAGUUAUCUAUGACUGAUGGUAUCCAGAGGGUCUUUGGAAUGGAAUACAGACCCGUUCAUGCUCUUGAAGUCUGUGCUCUGGCUGGUUUGAAGGUUGCCAUCUGUAAUGUACAUGUACGCCAUGGACUUCUAAUGCUGGUCCCUGAAACCAUAGAAAUCUUGGGGGGAUUGGUCAAGCAGCUGGAUGAAGCACGAAAGCGGCUUGUUGAUGAAUUGAAUAAACCACCGAGGGGAAAAAGAACAAAGAAUGGAGUGCUUCCUCCCUUGACAACUAGAGCAACUCUUGCUGCAUGGCCUUCAAGGGGAGCCGAUAAUAUUGCGAGCAGUAAUUCUACUGUGCAUGCUGCUCCUUCAAUUCAAACAAACAAUCUGAAUGCUAGCCUGAGAAUGUCUGAUGCUGGCAACAGCUUAACUGCAGAUACUCUAGCCAUUAACGCUCAAAAUGCUGCUUCCAAUUUAAUGCCUGACAUGGUUUCAACUGCAGAAUUCAUGCAUGUGGAUACACGUGCAGAUUCUAUGGCUAAUCAAUUCUCUUCAACCAUUGCUAUGACAAAGGAAAUGGAUAUAAAUACUGUUAACAUAACGGGGGCAAAUUCUGCUGGCAACCUAUCUUCUCAUGCAGUUUCAAAUGUCAUGGGAGAACACAGUAAUGAUACCAUUCAUGUAAGAAGACAGAACUCUGUGGCUGCCCAGUGCUCUCCUAUUGCUCAAAAUGUUGAGGAGAGAAAGAGGGAUAGAAUUCCAAUAAUAACAGAGAAUGCUCUUGUCGGAUCCUCCUCCAGGGUUUCGAAUAUUGAUGAUGUCCCUAUGUUUGAGGCAGAUGAUCACCCGCUGAUGCUGUCUGGAGACCGGGAAAUUCCUUUCACGUACUUAGCCAGUUUGUCAGCCAAGUGGGCCACGAUGAAGGAGAAAGCUCCUUUUGUUCGGGGAAAAGUUAAGUGCUUUUUGACUGGUGUCAAGGGAUUCCAAUAUAAGCAGAGGAAAACAUAUGAGCUUCAAGCAUAUGUUGAUGAUGGUAGCCUUAUAUCUGAGAUUAUCAUAGAUCAUAAUAUUGUUCAGAAAGGGAUUGGCUAUUCUCCAGAGGAUGUCACUGUUGCUCUUUCUUCUGAAGACAAGAAAAUAGUCCAAGACAUGAAGGAGACUAUGCGUAAAUUCCAAUAUUUUUUAGCAAACUUCGAGGGGGUAAUGCUUUUGGAAUUAAAUGCGAAGUCUUUUCCAAUCGCCAUUGAGAUGAACCAAGGCUGUCCACCAUGUGAUGCAUGGUUACUUUUAAGAAGGCUGAGGUCCUUAUUCCCUGGGCGAGCUCAAAGACAUAGUUCCCCAGAACCCAUUGUAUUAUCCCCUUGAUUAUAUCCGAAUGGUAAUCGCCUCAGAAUUUGAUCGGGAAUGAAUAGUUGGUCUCAGAAAUUCAUCACUACGAGCACACAUGCGAUGCUGUCCUUCAUUUUAGUGUAAGAUGAAACCGAUAAGUAUUCACCUUACUCUGACCAAAACUUACCUAAUCUUGUGAAGAGGAUAUUAUUAUGUACAGAUGAUGACCAUUUAUCAGGCUGUAGAUGAGAAACAGAGAUCAACCAUCGACUUUGUCAUGAUAAUUCUUGCUUUUGGGUUUUGUUGUGCUGUGGUUGGACUGAGGAGGGAUUCAAUUCUGAAGGAUGAGAUGCCAAGUUCUGUCAAAUUUGUUCAUGAACAUGGGCAGCAUUGUAAAUAUAAAUAUUUUAUUAAUUUAUUUUACUGUACAUUUUCGUGACAGUGAUUUUAGCAUCGCAGUUUUUUAACUAAUUAAAUUCUUGAAUGCUUGCUUACA